AGACGAAACUUAAUGGUGGCCAACUUACCCAAGUCCCGCCACUGGAAAGGCAAAAGGAAAAGUGGACAUUGGCGCCAUGCUUCUCCAGCAGACUUAAAGGCAACGAUCCAGUGAUGGCCUCAGCCUUCUCUCAGUUUAGUGUGGCGGACACUGAUCGAGUUCAACCAUUGGACUCGACCGGUAACGGAGCUGGGGCAUUGAACGUUGACUGGGCCCUUCCUUGCUCAGGUCAUGGAUGCGGAGAGCUACCACCAAUAAGUACGUUUUUAAAGCAUCCACAACAGUAUCAUACUGAUGUGUCACAGGGCGUGGGAAGCAGGACUGGUGGCCGGGACUCGGUCCAGCCAGAAACGGCAGCUCCAAGCCCCCAGUUCGUGGAAGCAGCCAUCGAAGUCCCCCUCCAGGAAUCAGGUUGGCUGGAUUAUCAGCAGCCCCACCAAGACCAAGUCCACCUUAACCCGACCUCAGCUGGACCAGUUGACAGGGGUGGUCCGGUAUCCAGUUUUGCCUUCCCGCCUUCAGAGCAAGAUCUGCUGUUGCAAGCCUGGCAAGAGACAGAUGGAUACAUAAAACGGCCGAUGAAUGCCUUCCUGUUGUGGUCUCAGAUCUACCGGCGUACUGUGAAUAAGCUAAAUACAGGACUCACCCUGGCUGACACCCUUACCUCCAGUCAGCUGGGCCACAAGUGGUCUCAGCUCAGCACAGAAGAGAAGAGGCCGUACUUUGAAAUGGCUCACAAACUGAAACAAAUGCACCAGCUGAGGUUCCCUGAUUAUGUGUAUCGUCCCAGAGGGAGAAAAGGCUCCAAGUGUUUGUCUUCAGGGCACAGAGCAAGGCAGGACUCCAGUUUCUUUGCCUUUAGGCCAAUGUCAAUCCCUCAGCAGUCUUUUCAAGACCCAAGCAUGAACCCAUAUCCCACCACAGCUCCCUCCACAAUGUGCUACCAUCACGGCUCAUCUUUUUAUCCAUAUAAGCCAACAAGCCUCUACUCAGCAACCACUUUUCAGUGUGGAAGAUAUCCAUAUGCCUACAGUGGCAUGAGCAACACAGAGAAUCACCUAACCCCUCACCCACAGAGGAACCAGAGUGAACUGGCCUACACUGCCAGCCAAUUUGGGCAGCAGAAGUAUAGCACCAUUGAUAAUUGCCAUCGUAUUAUGAUGGGCUCUAACUCGACACCUGAGGGCCACAACCAGCCUGAUAUUUUCCCCAACCAGCAGCCUUCAGCCAACAACCUUAACUCUACAUCUGAUACUCUUACAGAUGUGGAUGGACUGUUCUAGGACAUGUUCAGUAUACACAUAGUAUCUCAGGAGUUGCCAUUUUACAGGA